AACCUUAACCCCUUCUGGGAUUCUCCCAAUCUCACUCGAUCAUGCUCAAACCUGGAAAGAAGAGAUGUUCUUGGUAAUACAAUUCAUCAAUUUCCAGAUUCAAAGUCGCAAUCUUUCGAGAAUUUACAGGAACUUACAGCAGGUAAAGUGGCUGCUAAUCUUGAAAGCCCCAGGUCGAGAAUUUACAGGAAUUCACCUGUUGAACCUUAUGUGGGACAGGAGUUUGAGUCAGAAGCAGAGGCACAUGCAUUCUACAAUGCAUAUGCCACGAGUGUUGGAUUCAUCGUACGUGUUAGUAAAGCUCGAUCAAGGAUCGAUAAUUCUGCUAUUGGGCGGAUUUUUGUCUGCAACAAAGAGGGAUACAGGAUGACUGGCAAGCGUGAAAAUGUUUUACGGCAAAGGGCUGAGACAAGGGUUGGUUGCAAGGCAAUGAUAAUGGUAAGGAAAGCAAAAUCUGGUAGCUGGGUUGUUACACAUUUUGUAAAGGAACACACACACCCUCUUGCUGGUCCAGGAGGUGGCAGAAGGGAUUUCAUCUACGAACAAUAUUCGGUCAGUUCUCCUUCUUCCAUUGCUAUGCAUUACUAA